AUAACUGCAGAGAAUCAGCAGUAACAAAUGACUCUCUCCAAGCAGGCAGUUCCUUCAGGACACUUCUACCGACAGAAGACUAUUUUGAGUGUUCAGACAGAGAGCCAAAAGAGCUCCACCUGACACACAGUUAAGGAACAAGUGUUUGGGCGUUCAAGUGGCAAUUCAUUUCAUGAGUGACUGUGAGAGAAUGGGUCUUAAGAAAUAGUAUGCUCACUCACCACUACACCAGGGUUAUAUUCCUGAUCUCUGACAGAGAAAAGUCUGGAUGAAAAAGGUAAACAUUUACAGUAUAUUGUCGAAGGCUGAAAAGGUGGCCUCUCAUGUUCAAGAGAGAGGAGGUGCUUAUGCUUUGAGUUAACAUGAAAAAGAGAACCGAGGAGAGAGGAGGGACGUUAAAGCUGAGAGAGAGAGAGAGAGAGAGAGAGAGAGGAGAGAUUGUAGGAUGGAAAUGUGGUUGUGAAUGGACAAAGACAAAGAAACCUCAAGUGUCAGAAACCAUCAAACUGAAGGCCUCACUUAACCUGGGAGGAAACCAUGGGCAGUGAAGAGGACAAUAACUUCUAAUGUACACAUACCAGUGACGUGCAGUCAGGGUAGGUAUGGUACGAAGUGCUUACCCUGUGAUAAUCUCAUUUUAAAAAGCUAUUAUGAAAAGCCACAUUUAAAAUACAAUUACAUUUUUUUAUUUUUUUAUCUCAAAUGAUUCUGUUGAUUUUUAUGCUCAAAAUCUCAGGAUAUCCCCUCCUUCCUUUCCAUCCAUUUAAAUUGUUGGCGGGCACAGCCAUUCCUGACCCCAGUCACUGUUAAUAGACAGGGUCAGCAUAGGCGUCACUGCCUUGCCUAGCUUGAAGAAUCUUCAUGUGUUGCAUUGAGACUAUUUCAUAUUUUCCGCUUGCGUAUUGCCUAAACAUGCUGUGUGGGUAUUAAUUCAUCUGGGGUGAGCUCUGCACAUUUGGGUCUACAGAAUUUUGAGCUUGCAUCCCUUAGACUGAAGGAAGCUACCUAGCUAGCAAAAACAACCUGACAAAUAGACACUAUACUGCACCUCAAACAAUUUUCCAAGUUGGAAUAAUGAAAUGUUCCACUCUUCGAACCCUCCAAAUGGCGCAUCAACUAUAAGUAAAGUUUAGAGCAGACAGAGGCAGCUUAACGUAGACAACAACUUUAUUCAUGGCCAGGCAAGGCAACCACCAUCUCCCUCACUGCUAAAUGUCAGGCAGGCAAACAGUGAGUACUGGAUUGUCUACUUGUCUGAAAAUUAAUGACUAAUUAAUACUUUUUACUCUUUACACAUCUUGGAGUUUUACUUGAGUUCUACAAGAUGGAUGUGACUAACUACAAUGACUCUACGUGCUUGAACCUAAAGGAUGGAGCUGCCUACCUGUGUGCUGCGUGGGAGAACUGUGCUACCAGCUACGGGCACCCCUGCAGGAAGGCACAGCAGGGCACCCCAGCAAGGCACAGCCCAGACGUACAGCCACCACAGCAAGGCACAGCCCAGACGUACAGCCACCACAGCAAGGCACAGCCCAGACGUACAGCCACCACAGCAAGGCACAGCCCAGACGUACAGCCACCACAGCAAGGCACAGCCCAGACGUACAGCCACCACAGCAAGGCACAGCCCAGACGUACAGCCACCCCAGCAAGGCACAGCCCAGACGUACAGCCACCCCAGCAAGGCACAGCCCAGACGUACAGCCACCCCAGCAAGGCACAGCCCAGACGUACAGCCACCACAGCAAGGCACAGCCCAGACGUACAGCCACCACAGCAAGGCACAGCCCAGACGUACAGCCACCACAGCAAGGCACAGCCCAGACGUACAGCCACCACAGCAAGGCACAGCCCAGACGUACAGCCACCCCAGCAAGGCACAGCCCAGACGUACAGCCACCCCAGCAAGGCACAGCCCAGACGUACAGCCACCCCAGCAAGGCACAGCCCAGACGUACAGCCACCACACCACCCAUCCCCUCUCACUCUCCUCUCCUCUCCUCUCCUCUCCUCCCUAAUGUCAACGCUCAUCACGUACAUCUCCUUCUUCCCAAAGAUGGCUCUCAUUUACUCACAUAACAGCCUUCAGAGUUCUACCUUCACUUCACAGGACAUUUCCCCCCACCCACCCAGAGAAGAUGAGUCCCAGAAGAAGCACUCUCUCUCUCUCGCUCUCCCUCCUUUCCUCUUCUGCACAACUGCUCUCUGUCUGUCGUUCCGGUAGGAUUCCUGAGAAAACCAGAGCUUGGUGGGAUGCUGUCAGGAACAGCCUGGCUGUUGUAUUAUUCAUGGUUGAGCCAGAGAGAGUCUAGAGAAUGAACAGAGAGCCUCACAUAGCUUAGGUGGGUGCCUGGGAGACUGCAGAUGUCAGGGUGCACAGGUGAACUAGUGGACUUGUGAUGUAAGGUGCCAUACAAGGAGCACAUAGGAUAUGGAUGUAGAAUAGUCACAGCUACCUUGUUCAUCUCAGUGAUAGGCAUCAGGUGGCAGAGCCCUGGAUAGCUCCCAUCCUAAGAGAAUGACAACCACAGCCUCUGCUCAUCUUUCACUACAGAGAUGUAACAUGUAAAAACUGGGGGGGUGAAUAAUAAUAUCACCACCACAUUGGCUAAUGGCUGCUCCCUGUUAAUCAAGCAAAACCCUGGGGAGUCCAGGGUCAUUCAGAGAGGAUAAUGGAGAUUGUUAGAUUGCAGCAUAAUUGAACUCUGAUGGUGUGGCAAAUUGUUGUGAUAACACUGAUUACAUGUUAUUAAUGUCCAUCAUUGCAAAGACACACAUGCCAGAUGGCUGAGGCACAAAGUACCUGUAUCGUACCAAGGGGAAAUGGGUGAAAAUGGCUAACACAGAUGUAGGACCUUCAUUUGAGCCAGUUUGCUACAGCAGGAAAAUAGUCCUACAGCAACAGGAAAUGUGAAUUAUUAUGUGGAUUAUUAUUAAUUAACAUUUUUGUAGCAGUUGACACAUUUUUCGUAAUGAAAAAUCAAGUCAGAAAUUUCAAAGUGGAAAUUACAAACUUCAGAAGUCUUUUUAAACCUCAAAAACACUACAAGUUAAACAUUUAUCCUACAACAGGGUGAUCCAAUUAAGAUCCUGUGUGAGUGUGUGUGUCAGAAUUUGUGAGUGGAGCUAGAGCGGAGCGAGGGGCGCAGCGUACCCAAUUUGACUGGAGCGUGUAGCGAGAUCCUAGCCCGCUCCAAUUUCGCUCAGGACAUGCCCGCCCCAGGAUGCAUUUGUAGUCUACUUGUGUGCUGCUAUAGCCACUUGCUCUAGCGACGGUCUUGGAGUUGUCACGUUCUGACCUUAGUUCCUUUGUUUUUGUCUUUGUUUUAGUAUGGUCAGGGCGUGAGUUGGGGUGGGCAGUCUAUGUUUGUUUUUCUAUGUUGGUUUUUGAGUUCGGCCUAGUAUGGUUCUCAAUCAGAGGCAGGUGUCGUUAGUUGUCUCUGAUUGAGAAUCAUACUUAGGUAGCCUGUGUUUCACUGUUGGUUUGUGAGUGUUUGUUUCCGUGUGAGUGUUUGGGCCACACGGUACUGUUUCGGUUUUGUAAAUCCACGUUGUCAUUUAUUGUUUAGUGUUCUGAGUUUUAUUAAACAACAUCAUGAACACUUA